AGCAAGGACAGGGAGGGAAGUCGCAGGGGAACUUGGAGCUGAAAAGAGAGGGAGGGGUUGGAAGACCUCCCUCUCCCCCCCACAGACCACCCCCUCAUCAUUCUCGGGGAUCAGACACAAACCCCUCAGGGCUCCGAACUUUCCUGGGGUCCCCCCACCCCGAGUCUCUCUGUGGCUGUGGUGUCUCUGUGCUGUCUCUGGGGUGUCUCCGGGUCUCCAGCAUAGGGAGGGGUCGCCCCCCGCCACUCCUCCCCAGCAGCCCCCGCCUCUCGGAGCCCGGCAAGGGGGGCACGGCCAAGGGCAUCUUGGAGGCAGAGUCCUGGGGGCGGACGGUGCCCGGUAGCCCGGAUCCAGAGCUGCCCGGGCCGGCCUGGGCCCCUCCUGGCCCUCCGCCCAGUCCUCCUGGCCCCGACCUCGUCUCUCCCCUUCGCUUUCCCUCCUUUUUUUUCCCUCCCUUCCCUUUUCCCCCCUUCUCCCUCUCUCCCGGGCCCAGAUUUCCGUUUCCCUUCCCGGAGUCGGGAGACCCCCUCGGCCGGGCUGCCCCUCUGGGCCCCUGGCCCGGUCUGGCCCGGUUCUGGCCCACUUGGGCCCAGCUCGGCAGCGAUGUUCGGCUCCCGGGACAAGCCUCCGGCGGAGGGGGAACCCGAGGGGCUGCGGGGCUUCGCCGUCGACAAGACCUUCUUCACCUCCCUCAAAGGCCUCCUGCUGGAGGCUGAGCUGGCUCUGACCUUCAUCAUCUUCAUCCUGUUCACGGCGUCCAUCUCAGCCUACAUGGUGGCCGCCCUGCUGGAGUUCUUCAUCACCCUGGCCUUCCUCUUCCUCUUUGCCACCCAAUACUACCAGCGCUUCGAGCGCCUCAAUUGGCCCUGCCUGGACUUCCUCCGCUGUGUCAGCGCCAUCGUCAUUUUCCUGGUCAUCUCCUUUGCGGCCAUCACGGUCCGGGAUGGAGCUGCUAUUGCUGCCUUCGUCUUCGGCCUUCUCCUGGUCACCGUCUUGGCCUAUGACGCCUUCAAGAUCUACCGGGCGGAGAUGGUGCCUGACCCCACCUACAUGCAUGGCUCAGGCUGUGCCCGGGGGACCAAUGGGGAUUGACUCCAACCUGGGCAUCGUCCCCGCCUCCCCGAAUCCUCACCCACCCCCGGUUCCAGGGAGGUACAGGCCGCAGGGUCCGAGGGGGAGCGAGGGGAGGACGGUCCCCUUGUCUCCUCUGGCUCCAGAACUCUGCUCUCCUGGCUCCUGCACCCCACCUUGCAGCUCAGCACCCUUCCCCCCCGGCUCUAGCACCCUUCUUCCUUGGCUCCAGCGCCCUGCCCUCCCGACCAGUCCCACCCAGGGCCUGCAAGAGGAUGAGGUGGACAAUACAGCAAACUAGCUACUUUCCAGACCCUCCCCCCCAUCCCCGGGAAUAUUGGCUCCAGGACCCCGGUUUCCGCAGGCUGAAGGAGAUGACCAGGGGAGCAGGGUCGGGGGGAGAGGGGUAUCCAAGGGGUCCCGGGGACAGUCACAAACCAUUAAAGGAAUCAAAAUCUA